AAAGAAAUUCUGAAACCCAAUGGAAUCCAAAGUUGUAGACGGUCAUCGUCAUCGCCGUCGUUCAUUAUUUUUAAUUGGUGAGGCUGAGAAGGAGCAAAAAACAGCUUCCGGAGCCUAAAAUAUAACUCUGUAUCAACGAUGGUUUCCAAAAAGUCGAAAAAAUCUACAGAAACAAUCUCUUCUAGACUAGCACUAGUUAUGAAAAGCGGGAAGACCACUUUAGGCUUAAAAAGCACCCUAAAGAGUCUUCGUCAGGGAAAGACAAAGCUUGUGGUCCUUGCAAACAACUGUCCACCCCUUGUACGAUCUCAAAUUGAGUAUUAUUGUUUGUUGGCAAAGUGUAACGUACACCACUUUCAAGGGAAUAACGUUGAACUGGGAACAGCCUGUGGAAAAUAUUUCCGUUGUGCUUGUUUAGGUAUUACAGACCCAGGAGAUUCUGAUAUUCUCAAGGUUGUCGAAGAGACAGCCUAAUGUCGGAGCUUUGCGUUGUUAGCUGUUCUUUUCUUCGUUUUCAAGAUAAAGUUUGAUUGUCAUAUAUAUACUCUGUCGGGAAAACUUCAAUUUAGGAUCAAUUCUUUUCA